AUGGUCUCUCCCACCGAAUUUUCCUUGCCCGCUUUCCCCAAAAUGCUCAAGAAAAUGUACAAGAAGAUGUUCGAUCUCCGCAAAAUUUUCCACGGUCCGAAAAUGCCAAUCUUCUCCGCCAUCUCCUUCGCCGCAAUCUUCUUCAUGCUCUAUUCCGGCCACCUCUUUGCUGGCCCUUCUUCAACCGGCAGCACGGCCUUGCAGGAACCAGCUCUCCCCGCCGUCACCGAGUUGCCACAGCUCAACACGCAUAUGAACAUCAAUCGGGAGGACUACGACGACGACGAGAGUGAAGUCGUGGAUCCUCUGGUUCCUCCGCAGAAUGUGACGAUAGCUGAAAGAAUCGAAUGGUUCCGACGGAAGCUUCCGGAGCUCGACUUGCUCAAUUCCAACGAGUUGAGUGAGAAGUUCCACGGCCGAGUCGUGGAGUUCUUCAACAACAACAACAACUGCUCAGUCCAAUUCUACAUGGUGUGGCUCUCGCCGGCCAAGACGUUUGGACCGAGGGAAUUCAUGUCCAUGGACAGCCUCUUUCACUCGAAUCCAGAAGCCUGCUUGAUCAUCGUCUCGAGAUCGAUGGACUCCAAGCAUGGAUACACAAAGCUCAAGCCCGUUCUCGAUCUCGGCUUCAAAGUUCUUGCAGUCACACCGGACGUGCCAUUUCUCGUGCAAGAUACACCGGGCGAAGAUUGGCUCGAGGACAUGAAGAGCGGCACCAGGGAUCCUGGCUACAUCCCUCUAACUAUAAACCUCACCAAUCUGAUAAGGAUUGCAAUGAUAUACAAAUAUGGAGGGGCGUAUAUCGAUACGGACUUCAUAGUUCUGAGAGAUUUCUCAGAGCUACGGAAUGCCGUUGGGGCUCAGACCAUGGAUCGAAUGACUAACCAAUGGAGCAGCAUAAACAAUGCAGUUGUGGUGUUUGAUCUGGGCCAUCCUAUGUUGUUGGAGUUCAUCAAAGAGUUCUCGAACACCUUCAACGGGAACAAAUGGGGUUACAACGGGCCGGCUAUGUUUUCAAGAGUCUGUCAGAGGAUGGGUCGAAGCCUACCAAGUUACAACGUAACGAUCUUGCAACCCAAGGCGUUCUAUCCGGUCGACUGGAUACAGAUUCGCAGGCUUUUCAGAAAGCCGACAACCGGCUCUCAAUCAAGAUGGGCUGACCGGCUCAUGGUCGAGCUGCAGGAUAGCUAUGCAUUACACCUAUGGAACAAGAGGAGCAGGAAAUUGAUUAUUGAAGAUGGAAGUGUGAUGGACAGACUUAUCUCAGAGCACUGUGUUGUCUGUCAACAUAUCAACCAUGCUUGA